AAGAGAGCUGAUGGCCACGGGCACGGACACGUCCCAGGGCUCCGCGCCGGAGAUGGCAGACCCUGAGGAUACGGCUAUGGCCCCGUCGGGGACGGAGCCCAACGAGGCAGCCCCGGCAGGAAGAGACCCCGAGGAGGCAGCCUCGGCGGGGAGAGACCCUGAGGAAGCAGCCCUGGCGGGGACAGAUCCCGCCGAUGUGGCCAUGACCCCGACGGGAAUGGAGCCCGGAGAGACAGAGGCGGCCCUGGUGGGGGCAGAGCCCGGGAAGGCAGUAACAGAGGCAGCCUCGACCGAGACAGGCCGCGAGGACGCGGCGAGGACAGACCCCGAGGUGUCUGUGGAGACAGUCCCGAGGGGCACAGAUCCCGAAGAGGCAGCGAGGAUAGACUCCGAGGAGGCUGUAGUGACAGUCCCGGGGGGGACAGACCUUGAAGAGGCAGCGAGGAUAAACCCUGAGGAGGCUGUAGCGACAGUCUCGGGGGGGACAGACACUGAAGAAGCAGCAAGGACAAUCCCAGAGGGGACAGAACCCGAAAAGGCGGCGAGGACACACCUCGAGGAGUCUGCGGUGGCAAUCCCGGGAGAAGCAGAGCUCGAAGAGGCGGCGGAGCGAGACACUGAGGAGGUGAUGCGGGAGGAAGUCCCGCAGGCGACAGACCCCGAAGAAGCGGAGGCGACAGCCCUGUCAGGAGCAAGCCCCGACGAGGGGCUAAGCCAGGCGGUCUCAGAGGCGGCAGACACAGAGGAGGAGGAAGCGACUACUUUGGCGGGGACAGUCCCCGAAGAUGCGGUGCGAGAGGCAGCUCCGGCGGCGACAGACCCCGAGGAGGCGGUGGCGGCCGCAGGGGGGAGCGGGGCGGCUCUCGAGGACUGUGGGGAAGUGGAGGUAGAGCUGCUGGCCAGAGGGGAGUCCGACGGCGGAUAUCGGUCGCCGGGCGGCCCCGACGGCGAGAACGGAGCGGAGACGCUGGGUUCGGAGCAGGGAGCCGCUGCCCCGGCUGCGGCAGAAGCGGGGAGCGCGGCCCUGGGAGCAGGGGAAGGCGGCGCGGCGGGUCAGCAUGACGGGUCCCUGGGCCCCGACGGCGACGAGUGGGGCGCCGCAGGUCGGAGCCUGAACGGCGUGCAGAGCCGGGAGGAGGACGAGAUAGGCUCUCCGACUGCUCUGGAGGAGGAAGAGGACGAUGAGAAGCAGGAACAUGACAUCUCCCUCUUCGUCAAGGCUGGCAGCGAUGGGGAAAGCAUUGGAAAUUGCCCCUUCUCACAGCGCCUCUUUAUGAUUCUGUGGCUAAAAGGUGUCAUAUUUAACGUCACCACUGUGGAUUUGAAAAGAAAGCCUGCUGACCUGCAGAACCUUGCCCCAGGAACAAAUCCUCCCUUCAUGACAUUUGAUGGUGAAGUGAAAACUGAUGUCAACAAGAUCGAGGAGUUCUUGGAAGAGAAGCUAGCACCACCUCGGUAUCCCAAACUUGCACCAAAACAUCCUGAAUCUAACUCUGCAGGAAAUGAUGUGUUUGCAAAAUUCUCUGCAUUCAUAAAGAACCCAAGAAAAGAUGCCAAUGAAAAUUUGGAAAAAGCUUUGCUUAAAGCCCUGAGGAAGCUGGACAACUAUUUAAAUAGCCCCUUGCCUGAUGAAAUUGAUGCUUACAGCACUGAGGAGAUCACUGUUUCCAGCCGGAAAUUCCUGGAUGGAGAUGAGCUCACCUUAGCGGAUUGCAACCUCCUACCAAAGCUCCAUAUAAUCAAGGUUGUUGCAAAAAAAUUCAGAGAUUUUGAUUUUCCACCUGAAAUGACAGGGAUUUCAAGAUACUUGAACAAUGCUUAUGCGAGAGAUGAAUUUACAAACACUUGUCCUGCUGAUCAAGAAAUCGAGUAUGCGUAUUUGGAUGUUGCAAAGAGAAUGAAGUAAAGAGAAGAUGCUUCUCUUCUUUCUUGCUUCUGAGAUUUAAAUGGGCACCAGCCAAGAUGGAAAAAAACCCACCCAAAAAGCUGGCACACAUUCUGCAGUGUAAUUUUAAGUUCUGCUGUUGGCCAAUCCUUCUUCUAUGAUGAUUGUAUAACAUUAUUUGCUCGUUCUCAUGUAUGUAUAUGUUCAUGUGUCUGUACAGAUGUCUGCACACAUGAAUGUCUGUUGUGCAUUCCAAGUUAAAGGCAUCAGUCAAUGAUAAAGCAUUUGUUGAAGUCAGGGAACUGGUGUAGGCCACACAAUUAUAGCAAUAUUACAGACUAGUGACUUGUGCUAAAUUGCUGAACUUCGAGAAGAGAUAGCUCUGUUUCUAAUACACAUUUAACCUGCCAUUAUUGCUGCCUCUGAUCUCUGUUUCACAGUUGUUGCCAAACUUCACAGUUACUGGGAGAGUUUCUUUUAGCUUCUCUGCAAGCCUCAGAGGGCCUCAAGCCAGCA